AUGAAUGUCUCUGAUGACGACCUGGAAGUCAAGAAGGGUUCGAGGGUCCAAAAUAGUUCCUUGAAAAACGCGCAGAGCACACCGCGAAAGCCUUCGUUUGAGACGAGGAAGAAAGCGCGGGUCGACACUCCAGGAAAGAAUCAUGCAAGCGGGACCAAGGCUGCACUCAUAAUGGAGCAGAGGAAGGAUCUUCCAAUUGCAUCAGGCAAGGAGGCGUUAGUCGAGGUAAUCCUUGAACAUGAUGUUACAAUCCUUAUCGGCGAGACGGGCUCGGGAAAGACGACGCAGGUUCCGCAAUACUUGCUCGAGUCCGGUAUCGCCGGCCAAGGCAUGAUAGCUGUCACUCAGCCUCGAAAAGUCGCUGCAACGUCGCUGGCAGCACGGGUUGCAGCUGAACAGAACGGUUCUGUCGGUGGUGUCGUUGGCUACUCAGUACGCUUCAACGAGGCGUCGUCCGACCAGACGCGCAUCAAGUAUGUCACCGAUGGCAUGCUCGUACGCGAGCUGCUCGGAGACCCGCUGCUAUCGCGUUAUAGCGUAAUCAUAAUAGACGAAGCACAUGAGCGUACGCUGCGUACCGAUCUGCUCAUCACGAAUCUGAAGUCCAUCCAGAAAAAGAGGAACAGUCCGUCUGAUGCGAAGGGGAAGGGUUCGGCGGCGAAGAUGAACCCGCUCAAGAUUGUGAUUAUGAGUGCUACCCUAGACGCGGAGAAGUUCAGCAGAUUCUAUGACAAUGCGAAGAUUGUUUACGUGAAGGGCCGACAACAUCCUGUUACGAUCUUUCACACCUCUGCUGGUCAGCCGGAUUACGUCGACUCGGCGCUCAGAACAUUUUUCCAAAUCCACACGGAUCAGCCUUCGGGCGAUGUCUUGAUAUUCCUUCCUGGGCAGGAGGAUAUAGAGAGUUUGGAGAAGUCGAUCAAAAUAUAUGCUGAUAGGUUGCCGAAAGACAGUCCAGGGAUCACAACAUGUCCCAUGUAUGCGGCAUUACCUCCAAACCAACAAGGAAGGAUAUUUACCCCAACACCGCCCAAUACCCGAAAGUGCAUAUUGGCCACUAACAUCGCGGAAACGUCUAUUACGAUACCCGGGAUCAAAUACGUUAUUGACACGGGCAAGUGUAAGGAGAAACGAUAUAUCGUCCGGGACGCAGGCUCUGGCUUUGAUACUCUCCUUACGAAAGACAUCACAAAGUCAUCCGCAAUGCAGCGAGCGGGUCGUGCCGGUCGCGAGGGUUCCGGAUUUUGCUUCCGAUUGUACACGGAAGAAGCGUUCAAUGCUAUGCCCGAUUCUGCUGAGCCAGAGAUCCGUCGAUGUGCACUGGCGUCCAGUCUGCUUCAGCUCAAAUGUCUCGGGCAAGACCUCGAAGAAUUAGACUUCAUGGACGAGCCUGAUGCGGGAGCCAUAGUCGCCGCGGCGCUCAAGAGCCUGUAUUUGUUGGGUGCGCUCGACAGCAAGAAACGCCUGACGCAGUUGGGCAGAGCUAUGGCAGUCCUUCCCCUCGAGCCCAACCUCGCGCGCGCCAUCGUCGCAUCACGCGAGCUGGGCUGUACGCUCGAAGUCAUUGAUAUCGUUUCCGUCCUCUCGGCGUCAUCUAAACCUUUCUUCGACUCUGUGGGCGACCGCGAAGCCGGGCUCGAAGCGCGACAGAAGUUCCGCCAUCGCAGUGGCGAUCACAUGACAAUCCUGAACGUCGUGCGCGCGUACCAGGAGAUUGCCAAGGCUGAGAGCAAGAAUGGUCGGCGGAAGUGGUGUCAGAAGCAGUUUCUGAAUGAGCGGUGCCUGCUUGAGGCGCAGGAUGUCAAGAACCAGCUGAGGGAGGUGUGUGCGCGGAUGGGGAUUGAUUGGAAGGUGUCAUGUGGGGAUCAGGAACAGAAUGUGCUGAAGAGCCUGGUACGCGGGCUUGUGCAGCAUGCGGCGUUCUUGCAGCCGGAUGGCUCAUAUAAACAGCUGAUGGGUCCUUCGAUUGUCAAGAUUCAUCCAUCGUCUUCGCUAUGCGACAAAAAGGUACCGGCGAUAAUAUUCGAUGAAUUGGUAUACACGAGCAAUAUUUAUGCUCGCGGAGUGUCUGCUGUGCCCCGUAGCUAUAUUGCAGAGGUGCCGGUGUUAAAUCAGAAAAGCGUAUAG